GGUCGUGGUCGCUAAUCGUCUCACCGUCAGCAGAUGAUGGUUCCUUUUUCUUUUUCUUUUCUUUGAAUCUUCAAUCUCCGGCGCAUUCCUACCGGUGGCUGUGUUUUUUUAAUCUUGGGAACCCUGCUUACUCAGUGAAAGUACAAUACCUAGGUACAUCCGUGCCCUUUCCGUAUCUUAUCUCUGAUAAUGAUAAGCCACUUUCACCCAAAAAGGGGAUAUUUUAAUGUGGCGCGAGCUCUGUGGCAUGGAUGGUCCACUUUUUCCCAAACUUUCCUUUGGGCCCACUCGUUUUACGUGUACAUCCAAUUAUUCACAAGGACUCAACAUGGAAACAACAUCAAUGCAUUCACUUCAGUCCUCAUUUUUCUAGUCAUGGCCCUGCUUGACUCUAAAAGACCAAUUCGGUCAUUAUUUAGCACAUUCAUCACGUGGAAAGCCUUACUGCUAGUCAUUGCCAUUGGAAGUGGGAUAGGCCCAGCUUAUGACACCUCAAGCACUCUCCUAUCCCCUGAAAUAGCUUCAUCAAACGAAUCUACUUUUGAUUUAGGUACCAAAUUGACACGAUGGGAUUCUAUAUAUUUCAUACAAGCCUCUCGUAGAGGCUAUCUGUUUGAACAGGAGUAUGCUUUCGGUAGCGGAUUGCCGACCGUCAUCUCCUUUCUUACCCAAGUAUUGACUAGCUUAGGUGUCUCAAUUCAUGGCUCUCUCGAACCACUUGUUGGAGUAUUUGUAGCUCAUACAUCACAUCUGCUCUCAGUACUUAUCUUGUACAAGCUCGGACUUGUUGUUUGGAAGGAUCAGAGGCUAUCAUUCAUCGCGGCAUCUCUACACAUACUAUCUCCAGCUGGCAUUUUCUUGUCGGCUCCAUAUAACGAGAGCUCGUUCGCUCUAUUAUCAUUUACCGGUUAUCUCUUUCUUGCAAAGGGAUUGCUCGGUUCAAAACAGACGUUCGGACAUGAUGUGAGUUUGGUUGCUUCGGGCAUGUGGUUUGGGUUCGCGACGACAUUUCGUAGUAAUGGUCUAUUUAAUGGGAUCCCGUUUGCUGUUGCCUUAGCCUACGAACUCACCAGAGCUCCUACUCUCUCUAGCAUACGACGACGAUGCGCUCUAAUUGCUGGUGGUCUAGCAAUUGCUAUCGGCUUUGUGCUACCACAGCUAGUUGCCUACCAAACGUUUUGUUCUGCCCCUUCCAGGUCUGAAUUAAGACCUUGGUGUACAAGCAGUGUUCCUCUUAUUUAUUCGUUUGUUCAAGAGCGUUACUGGAAUGUUGGUUUUCUUCGUUACUGGACCCCGCCGAAUAUACCACUCUUCCUUCUUGCUACACCGAUGCUCUACCUCCUUCUCAAAUCCGGUCUAGGAUUUCUGAAGGAGCCACUGAGCCUUGCUGUCAAAAAAACCAUACCAGCCAAUCCAUCCUAUUUGACAUUAUUGGUCCAGUCUAUGGCCUUGUCGCAACUCAUCUUGGCUGUUCUAGCUAUCACAAACUAUCAUAUUCAAAUCAUAACAAGAAUCUCGUCAGGUUAUCCACUUUGGUACUGGUGGCUAGCAGGACUUAUGACUGAUAAGAGUACGUCGAAGUUUGGUAGUAAUAUCGUAAGAUACAUGGUCAUGUACGCUACUAUCCAAGGAGUAUUGUUUGCUUCUUUUCUUCCACCAGCUUAACACUUUUCUUCCAAUACGAACAUCUUGUGGGGAGGCCGACAUAGAAUUGGAUUCCACGAUAUUAUAUGGUGAAUUACAAGUAGCUCAGCAAUGGAGUACACGCGACCCUUUCAUAUCCUAGGUACAGCGCAUACAGAAUAGGUUACUACCUAGGUAGCUCAACAAAUACACUCACAGUACAUAACAGAAAA